CGUGUAACAGCACGCUUUACGGCCGCGGGGACGGAGCGAGCCGGCGCCAGGGCCACUCGGGCCGGGAAGCGGGGAAGGCGAGCGAGGUUGAUGCCCGGCGGCGGGGCGAGCGCGGCGUCUGGCCGGCUUCUCACCGCCGCGGAGCAAAGGGGAGCCCGGGAAGCAUCGGCGUUCAGGAGCGGCCCGGGGGGCUCCGGCGGCGGCGGCGGCAGCAGCAGUAGCAGCAGCAGCAGCAGCAGCAGCAGAGGCGGAGCAGGCGGCCCUGGGCCGGGCAGCGGAGGCCCGGGCGGCCCCGCGGGCAGGAUGAGCCUGACCCCGAAGGAGCUCUCCAGCCUGCUGAGCAUCAUCUCGGAGGAGGCGGGCGGCGGCAGCACCUUCGAGGGCCUGUCCACCGCCUUCCACCACUACUUCAGCAAGGCCGACCACUUCCGCCUGGGCUCGGUGUUGGUGAUGCUGCUGCAGCAGCCAGACCUGCUGCCCAGCGCGGCGCAGCGCCUCACGGCGCUCUACCUGCUCUGGGAGAUGUACCGCACCGAGCCGCUCGCCGCCAACCCCUUCGCCGCCAGCUUCGCGCAUCUACUCAACCCAGCGCCGCCCGCCCGCGGGGGCCAGGAGCCCGACCGGCCACCGCUCUCAGGAUUUUUACCUCCUAUAACUCCACCAGAAAAGUUUUUUCUUUCCCAGCUCAUGCUGGCACCCCCAAGGGAACUCUUCAAAAAGACUCCUCGCCAGAUUGCAUUGAUGGAUGUUGGAAACAUGGGCCAGUCUGUGGACAUUAGCGGGCUUCAGUUAGCCUUGGCUGAACGCCAGUCUGAAUUGCCAACCCAAAGUAAAGCCAGCUUCCCUAGUAUUCUCAGUGACCCAGACCCGGAUUCUUCUAAUUCUGGAUUUGACAGCUCAGUUGCCUCCCGGAUCACAGAAUCUUUAGUCAGUGGACCAAAACCACCUAUUGAAAGCCAUUUUCGGCCAGAAUUCAUUCGUCCACCACCUCCACUCCACAUUUGUGAGGAUGAACUGGCUUGGCUCAAUCCUACGGAGCCUGACCAUACGAUCCAGUGGGAUAAGUCCAUGUGUGUUAAGAAUAGCACUGGUGUGGAGAUCAAGCGAAUUAUGGCCAAAGCCUUCAAAAGCCCCUUAUCUUCUCCCCAACAAACACAGCUCCUUGGUGAAUUGGAAAAAGACCCCAAACUUGUUUAUCAUAUUGGCCUCACUCCAGCCAAACUUCCAGACUUAGUGGAAAACAACCCUCUAGUUGCAAUAGAAAUGUUGCUGAAAUUAAUGCAGUCAAGCCAGAUUACUGAGUAUUUUUCUGUCCUGGUCAAUAUGGACAUGUCCUUACAUUCAAUGGAAGUUGUGAAUCGACUGACUACAGCUGUUGAUCUACCUCCUGAGUUUAUUCAUCUUUAUAUAUCAAAUUGCAUCUCUACUUGUGAACAAAUUAAGGAUAAAUAUAUGCAGAAUCGUUUGGUGCGUCUUGUGUGUGUAUUUCUUCAGUCCUUGAUCCGUAACAAAAUUAUAAAUGUGCAGGACUUAUUUAUAGAAGUGCAGGCCUUCUGUAUUGAAUUCAGUAGGAUACGGGAAGCUGCAGGCCUAUUCCGAUUGCUGAAGACACUGGAUACUGGAGAAACGCCUUCGGAGACCAAAAUGUCAAAAUAAUACCUCACCAGAACUACCCAAUUUGUUGUUCAACUGUAUUGUGAUUUAGUUUUUAAAACUGAAAACUGAGUGGAUUGCUUGGUCUUACACAUAUAAUAACACUUUAUCUACUUUAAAGCAAAAGUUUUGCUUUUCCUGGAUGACUUUUUCCUAUAGAUGAAUUCUUGGUAAGAACUUGGACAGAAAAUGUUCUAAGGCUCUUGCUGAUGACUCCAUAGGAGGAAUGAUUAUCCCAACAAGUUAUUACAAAAGUAGAUGAGGUGUGUAUUUUUUAAGAGAACUUUUAAGCAUUACAGAACAAAGUGCUUGUUUUUGCUUCAAAGGCAAGUUACAGGCUUCUGAUAAAUCAGGAAUCCAGUUUUCCUAAGGUUCCAAUGUUAAAGUAUCCAAGAGCAAAGAAAUUGUGAAGAAAUUGUGAUACUGUCAUGUGGUGAAAGAUGAUUGUACCUCUUAACUUCUUAUUAAGGAGUCUGAACCAAGGACAUGCAUAUAACUUGGUCAUGGGAACUUUGGAGACAGAACAAGUGUUUGGAGGGCCUCUUAAAAAACAUGGAAAUCUUAGGAAUGUUUUUUGAGGUUAUAAUAGCUGGUAUUGUUUUUUAGGUUUUUUCACUUGUUGAGAUGGUCCUCUGUUAUUAGCCUAAAAUGGACUUUGUUUGUUUGUUUGUUUUAAAGGAAAACAGGGCUUUGGGAGGGAGUGUCACCCCUAGGAACUGCUGUCUGGUGGGAUAGAUGUGUGUGAGAGAUGUAAGAGCAGGGCAGUGCAUGUGUCACCCCUCAUGUCACUUUGGACAACAGUGCCUUCCAGUAAAGUUCUUUUUUUAAUCAAUUCUGUCAUCUGAUGCAUUUUUUUACUUGAAGAAAUCAUGAAAAAUUCCUUUUACAGAACUUCCCAAAGCAUAUUUACAGGGAAACGAUUUGUUCAACAGGAAUUGCCCUCUAAUCCAAAACUUUGCAAAGCGUUAAAGAAAACCAAGCUUGAUUUUUUUAAAAAAUAUUUUUCGUUGCAGGUGGAUGUAUCUUUACCUUUUCUGUGGUGAUGAGAAUCGAACCAUUGCCUCACACAUUCUAGGCAAGCACUCUACCACUGAGCCACAACCCUAGCCCCAAGCUUGUACUUUUAAAAGUACAAGUUUCACACUUAAUAACAUUUGAGAAAGAGUAGUCUGCCUAAUUUAUAACAAACUAUAUAUUUCACUCUUAUGAAAGCUUGGGAGUUGAAAAUAUGGUCAGAGGAAUUAAUGACAGCCCACAUAACAGUUUAGUUGCCUUCAGAUGACAAAAGAUGGCAAGAACGCCAAUUUCAGUGGAGGUUUCAAGAUGGUGGACUAGGGGUCACUUUCUUGACUGCUCCAUAGUGCAGAACCAAGAAAGUAGAUAGUUUCUCAGCAAAGGUGGGUGAACAAAAAAUGGGGGAAAGAGAGAUUACUGGAAUUUAAAACUGGACACUUGAAGCAGAUCAGGGACUCAGAAGACUGAAUUAAUUAAGGAAGAAAUUUGUAGUGCCAUUGCCACAGCUGGAGACACCAGCCAGGGCAGUAGCUCAGCAAGCAAAGUGGGUGAGGAAAUUAAAGGAACCUGCCUUUUUAGGAGGCCUGAGGCUUUGGGUAAAGGAGAGUCUGGAGAUCAAAGACACUGCCCAGCUAAACUGAAAAGUGCUGCCCAAUAUCCUUGUGCUGGAAAGAGGCCACAUCUCCCAGCUGUAUGUAGGACACAGGAGGGAAACAUUUUGCAGCUGCAAUGCAGGGGCCAGCAGCUAGGUGAGCCAAUUCCUGGCAAACCUGAGUUUGACCCAAAAUACAGGCCUGGAAAACCCACACUGCACAACAGUGUGCCUAAGUGACCAGGAGAAAACCAAGUAUGGAGAGAGGCUUACCACCAGGCCCUACACCUGCCCCUCCAAUCCACCUGCUUAGAGGACCUGCUGGGAGAGCCACACCUGGCCUGGAAUUUGAAAGGGCAGGGCCAGCGGAGAUUGAGUUUGGAGACAGAACCCAAGACCAGGAAACGGGUCUGCAGGUGACAGGUGACAUAGUGGACUAAUUGGCUCUGUCACUACAUGAGUGGAACCCAGGGAAGGUCACUAGGAUGCAGUCUUCCAGCAUGCACUGGUCAACGCCAGACCCUGGAGGUGCACUGAUUUAAAACCUCCAGACCAACUGGCAUCCAGUGAGAGCCUGGAGCCCACCUGAGCCUAAACCCCGCCUCCAGGAUUAACUCUCACUCAAGCCACCCCACCUUGAGGGUGGAGCAAGCAUCAUCCUCCAGACAACUCCACCUAACACUGCUGAGAAGCCAAGAAUCUUCUGAACUCCAACAGAAAAAAUUCUUUUAACUUUUAAACAGAUUUAUUUUCUUUUUGAUUUUCUGUGACCUUAAUGGUUCAUGGACGUUUAUACAUAUUCAUAUUUCUUUCCUAUUUCUAGCAUUUUUGAAGCCAGUUAUUUUUCAUGAAUCAGUUGAGGACUAGGAUGCUUGACCAGUAUAUUUUAGUUUUGUAUUUUUAUUUGUAUUAAUUUCUAAAUGUUUUACUUUAUAUGUAUUUUCUCUCACCUGUUUCCCUUGUUUCUUUUAUCUUCUGCUAACAGCCAAUCCCUAUUGUUCUUUCACUCUUCAAUUUUUUACUAUCUUCUCCUUCAUAAUCAUCACAUUCUAUAUCACUUCUGUUCUCUCCCUGUUCACUCUUUGAAAUUGUAAACAC